ACGGCGGCGGCCAUCUUUCCUGUCUGCCGGCGGGGCGGAACUCCGCUCACUCAUCGACCAGUUGAUUUCUAGGAACCGCCGAUUGACCUGGCACGCCGCCGUGUUUCUCACCAAUAGCUUUGUCAGUUCUACUUUCCAGCUUGUCACUGUACCUGCAUCUUGAUACACAAUGGGAGAACGAGAAGAUCUGGUGUAUCAGGCAAAACUCGCCGAGCAGGCAGAGCGAUAUGACGAGAUGGUUGUGUCGAUGAAGAAGGUGGCGAGCAUGGACGUGGAGUUGACGGUGGAAGAGAGGAACCUACUAUCGGUAGCCUACAAGAACGUGAUCGGCGCUCGGAGAGCAUCGUGGAGGAUAAUCAGCAGUAUUGAGCAGAGGGAGGAGAGCAAGGGCGGCGAGGAGAAGCUGAAGAUGAUCCGGGAAUACAGACAAACGGUGGAGAAGGAGCUGAAGACCAUUUGUGGAGACAUUUUGGAUGCACUGGAAAGGCACCUCCUACCUUCAGCAGUCAUGGGAGAGUCCAAAGUCUUCUACAACAAAAUGAAGGGGGAUUACCACAGGUACCUGGCAGAGUUCGCCACUGGCAACAACAGGAAGGAGGCUGCAGAAAACAGCUUGGUGGCGUACAAAACUGCCACAGACCUCGCCAUGCUGGAGCUGCCUCCCACACACCCCAUCCGCCUUGGCCUCGCCCUCAACUUCUCAGUCUUCUACUAUGAGAUCCUCAACUCACCUGACCGCGCCUGCAGGUUGGCGAAGGCUGCGUUCGAUGACGCCAUCGCAGAGCUGGAUACGCUGAGUGAAGAAAGCUACAAGGACUCUACGCUCAUCAUGCAGUUGUUACGUGACAACCUGACACUAUGGACUUCAGAUAUGCAGGGAGAAGGUGAGGAGCAGAACAAAGAGGCGCUGCAGGACGUGGAGGACGAGGCCCAGUGAGACUCUGCCACCAACAGCCAACAACUCCAGACCCCCUUCUCCUCAGACUCCUCCACCUUCAUCCUUCACCUCUGCAGCUCUGAGGCCUAGCAGGAGCAUGGAGCUAACACAUUAAUUUUCCUUUUUUAUUUUUGUAUUAGCCCGUGUUUCACUCGGAUUAAAGCCACUUCAUUGAGACGGGAGAAACGACGUUAGAAGAAGGAGGUCCUGGAUUGUUUGCUGUUUUCUGUCCUGGUACAAGCAGUUCUGAUGAUGUUCUCUUUGUUUUCACUAUUGUAUUUUUGUUUUUGCUUUUUCCUCAAUGUUUGUAUCAGUUGCUGGAUGUAUUGAGAUUUUUUUUUCUUAAUGUAAUUAUAGAAAUUAACUUUUAUUACUGAUAAUAUUGAGUACUAGUUAUGGGAGCUCUUUUACCUGUUUUUAGUGACAUGUCAUGAAGAUUAUUUGACCUUUUUAUGGGCCGUUUGGAAGCAUCAGGCGCCCUUUUUGUUAACUUAGUUUUCAGAGGAAGCUGGCAACAUUUGUGAUAUCCAUGUGGGGCAAAAAAAGAAAAAAGUGCUUAAUCUUUACACGAUGGCAAUCCCGUCUUCACGUUUCGUAGCCAUCUCUGGACUGUAUACUUUGUGCUGAAGUACUGUAACGUGCGCACAUGCUGCAUCUCUCAUCUCCAGCCGUCAGGUAGUUUGUUUUUUUCUCACUUGCAUAACAGACGUUCACCCCGACAGUGACGGCCAUCGCUCGCGUGAUCCGGUCCAUCGUUUCUUGCUGCUUCUCCCCGGCGUUUUGCUGACAUCCUGUUGGUUUGGGAGCUUUUGUUUUCUCCUCCUGCGGCUUUCGUUGCUCUUUGUUUUGCCACAUUAAGUGUAAUUUGGAGCUGAUUUGUACUACUGGAUAUCUGACUGGAGCCACAGACGAGGAAUCUGUAUUGUUCUUACUGAGACACAGCAUGGAAUUAACAUUAAACAAUCUAAAUUAAA